AUGUCUGCCCUCUUUGCCGCAGUGUGGCUGCUUAUAGCAGCAGGAGUCGGGCAUGGACAAUCGACGCCACCCAACAUUAUUUUCAUAAUUGCAGAUGACUUGGGUUGGAAUGAUCUGAGUUUCCACGGCUCCGAUCAAAUCCCGACACCCAACAUCGACGCCCUGGCUUACAACGGCAUCAUACUGAACAGCCACUACGUGAUGCCAACAUGUACACCGUCCAGGGCGUCCCUGCUGACAGGGAAAUAUCCCAUACGCUUAGGUAUGCAGGGAGCACCUCUAAACCCCACUAUCAAGGGAGGGCUACCUGAAGGCAAAAUCCUGCCGCAGUACCUCAAGGAUCUGGGCUACGUAACCAGGGCUAUCGGCAAGUGGCAUCUGGGCUUCCACAAGAAGGAGCUGACGCCCACAUACCGCGGGUUCGACUCGCACCUAGGGUACUGGAACGGCCACGUCGGAUAUUAUGACAUCAUUUUGGACUAUGGACCUGAUGGGUUGGACAUCGGCGCGGGCUACGACAUGCACAGCAACAUGACGACCGCCUGGGAGUUCGCUGGCCGGUACGCGACGGACGUCUUCACAGAGGAGGCGGAGCGUCUGAUCCAGCAGCACGACGUGCAGAGGCCGCUGUUCCUGUACCUGGCACACCAGGCCGUGCACGCGGGAGACGCCGCAAAGUGGCUGGACGCGCCCCAGCACGUCAUCAACAAGUUCCUCUACAUCAGCGACCCCAACAGGCGCAUACUGGCCGGUGUGCUCUGGAAGCUGGAUGAGUCUGUGGGACGCGUGGUGGCGGCGCUGGAGAAACGCGGUAUGCUGGAGAACUCCAUCAUCGUGUUUGUGUCAGACAAUGGAGCGCCGUCUGAUGGGAUGGAUCAGCCCAACUGGAGCUCCAACCACCCACACAGAGGGUUAAAGGGUUCACUGUGGGAGGGCGGCGUCCGGGGGGCGGCCCUUGUGUGGAGUCCACUGCUGCAGAGCGCGCCCAGGGUGUCCAACCAGCUGAUGCACAUCAGCGACUGGCUGCCCACGCUCUACACUGCUGCUGGGGGAAACCUGACGGACAUCCCCUCGGAUCUGGACGGAAUGAACACAUGGGAUGCGCUCGUCACUGCCAGCGACUGGCCACGCACUGAGGUCCUUAUCAACCGCAAUGACGACGACGGGACGGCUGCCAUCAGGGUUGGCGACUGGAAGCUUGUCAAAGGACCAGCAUCUAGCAACGGCUACUACGGAGCGAGUGGAGCAGAGGAUCCGCGCUACACGCCGCAGUACGACCCACAACAGGUGGUGAACAGCCUGGCAGGACGAGCCGUGGCCUCCGUACUGGAGGCGACCUCCACAUCUGAAGACAUGCUGCGGUUGCGAGCGGAGGCCACUGUGUCCUGUCCCAACAGGCCGGAAGAGCCAGCGUGCGUCCCCCAGACAGAGAACGGCGCGUGCGUCUUCAACGUGGUGCUGGACCCUUGCGAGGGCGCUACCUCGGACAACUCCAGUGACGUGCUGGACACGCUGCUGGUGCGACUGGAGGCGCUCUCGGACCCCAUGCUGCCUGUCCAAGAGAACCCUGUGGAGCCGGAGCUUGUGCGCCCGUCCCGCUGGAACAACACGUGGGUGCCCUGGACCGACUGCAUCGCCGAUCCCACCUACAUCGCCUGCAACGUCGUCACUUAG